AUGGGGCCCAAAGAUCACAGGCGCGUCUGCUGCACCCGUGAAGACAUGAAAAGCCCCAGAACGAAGCCGUUCAUGCCAUUUAAGGAAGCGUUUUGGAACCUGCAGCCCUGGUUCCUCAAGAAACUGUACCGCGACAGGCCCGACGCCUUUUACAAAGGGGCAAGCAAGCAGGAAAAGGCCAGGGCCAAGAUUAGCGAGAGGGAGGCUCGGCUCAAGAAGAAGGCCAUGAAAGUGCUGUACAGUCGAAUGAUUGCGGAAGAGAGCGUGGAGGACGAGCAAGCAGGCGCGGCCGAGGCGGAGGAACCAGCCAAGCUGGGCAAGAAACUGCCGGAUGGCAAGAAUCAAACCAAGGGCAAGACGAUCAACGCCUUCGACUACCUGGACGAGGACUCUCCUCUGGCCGGCGAGCAGAUCCGGGAGCUGAGGAAUAAGAUGCUGACCGCAGAGGCAACGGCAGCGGAGCCAACCAAGCUGAGAGAGGAGCGAAAGGAGGCACUCAUGCGAGCCAUCGAGUCGCAGACACCCGAGGAGGUGGAAGAAGCGUCCCGGUUUCUCGCACAAGUCGCAAAGGUCAUGGCCGCCAGCCGGGGCGAGCCGGUCAACGUCUUCGACUACCUGGACCCGGACUCUCCUCCGGCCGACGAGCAGAUCCGGGAGCUACAGGACAAGAUCCUGGCCGCAGAGGUCCUGGUCCAGGGUUCUGCGGGGUCGGCCGCGGCGAGCUCCCUCUCUCUUAUGGAGCUGGCUCGGGUUUUGGAGACUCCGCUCAUCAUCGAUUCCGCCGAUGCAAAGUCCGAGGAGGGCUUUGACGCUGUAUCCUACGCCUCUGGCCCUGGAUCAAAGAGCGCUGUGUCAAAGAACUCGUCUUCGUCUCACGGUAAGUCGAGCAAGCACUCGACGCCCGGUCCCAGCAGCCCGGCCGCCAAGAGUGUAUCGUCUCGAUACUCGAGCAAGUCGAGCAAGCAUUCCCUGGUUCUUUCUGAGCUCUGCAUCUCGACACUCCAGCAGGUCGAGCAAGCACCCCCUUCCACCUAUCCCUAUUCCGGCCAGUUAUUCGCCUUGGCCCCAAACUCUUCGUCUCGACACUCCAAGUCGAGCACGCGCCACAGCAAGGAGGGCAAGAGCAAGGGCAAAGAGAAAGAGUCCUUGUCCCACGCCUCUUAA